AUGUCAAUUGUCCAUCUUCUUUUUCUGUCCAACUCCCUUCAGGUGACCUGGCUGAAUGGCAGUUCCCGGGUUUCCAACCGAUGCCAGAAAAUCGGAACUUGGCACUCUUUCGUGCACGCCCAGUACCUCAACUGUUACACGUUCAACCUGUUGCCUGCCUACCAGUUGACGACACGCAGCCUCGAGUUGCUGCUCUACCUGAACGAGGAUCUGAACAGCACCGACUGUCUGGACUGCUUCCAAAACGACGUUAAAUCUCAACUCUCCGGCAUCCUCGUCAGCAUCCACAACACCGGCACAUAUCCGGACAUCAACGAGGAGAGCAUCAAUCUACCGCCGGGCACUUUAACCGAGAUCAAACUGAAAACGGUACAGAAUCGGCACAAAUCACCGCCUCACGGUCGCUGCUCCGAAGAGACCCCAGCCACCCUGCGCCUCUCCGAUCGUGACUACCGCUACUCCGAGUUCGCCUGUCGCGUUCUCACCAUCCAAGAGCACAUCAACCGUGACUGUGCAUGUCGCGCCAUCGAAUACCCCUUCCUCGACGACCGACUGCCCUUCUGUACUGCUCUGCCCACCUUUCUCAACACUUCCGACUGCCUCGGACCACCUCCAUCCGCCAUCAUCGACACCAACGUCGACGCCAACUCGAACGUCGACUUCAACUCGAAUGUCAACUCCAACUCGAACGUCAACUCCAACUCGAACAUCAACUCCAACUCGAACGUCGACUCCAACUCGAACAUCUACUCCAACUCGAACGUCAACUCCAACUCGAACGUCAACUCUAACUCGAACGUCAACUCCAACUCGAACGUCAACUCCAAUGUCAACGCCAACUUCGACGUCGGCGUCGACGAGGCUUGUCUGUCGGACUUUUUCACCGUUCUUAGUCGCCUCACCUGCAAGACGAAUGUGACGCGUCAGUAUGAAUCGGACGUGGUGACCAGUUGCAGUCUGCCGUGUGCUUUCUACUCGUACGAAACGGAUCGCAGCACAUCGACAUGGCCCGCCAAGUCUUGGCAACUGACUUGGGUCGCCUCGGCUCGAAUGAUGCAGGUGCGAGCGAAGCCAGAGCUGCAGGCCUACCUGCAGGCCAGAGAGUUGCGAGAUCGAGGCCUCGCCGACGAGGCUUGGCACCGACUGCAGACGAUCAACGUGCUCGAGCGAAGUCUGCUGGCUGUGCUGGUCAAUCGGCCCAACCAACAUUUGCACAUUGUUGAAGAGAAAGAGGUCCUCUCGCUAACCAGCUUUCUGAGUCAAUCGGGCGGUCUUUUCUCCAUUUGGAUCGGCUUAACGAUGAUCUCCGUAGUCGAGGUGAUCGAGUUCAUCCUCAACUCAUUCGGCAUUUUGCAGGAUGCGUCCGAGAUCGGCACCGAUCAGUCGACCAGUCAAGUGGUCCUGUCGCCUGACACCACGAACCAACAUCAGCUCUUCGCUCUCGUUCAGACAAGCCCCUCCGACACAAGUCCCCUCCUCGACAAAAGCCUGUCUCACCCAUCUUCUCGUCCGCAUGAUCGUCAAAUUCGAGUCCCGUCGUCCGCGUCUUGGCCCUACAACCUUCGCCCACCGACCUCUCUCGAAUCUGGAAUUGAUCGACCAGUAGGCCAUGGCAACCGGUUGAAUGACCUGCCGAGCUGUCGUGACAAAGCGGUACAGGCAUCUGAGGCCAGCCCAGAGUCUGGCGUCAGGCUGCAUCUCACUUUGACCGACGAACCGGAGCCCCGGGCUCGUCUGCCAGUACAAGGUCUUCUCCGAACAAAGGCCUCCGGUCACUUCACUCCUGUGCAAGUCCAGCUCUCGACAACUGACUGCCUUAUUCCCAUUCGGCCAUGGCAACCACAUGAAGAUGAUUACCUGCUGUAA